UGCAGCGCGGUGGGUUGAUCGCUAGGACCCAGGAGCGGCUGGGGGGCGGCUCUGGGGGGAGGAUCGCGGGGCUCAGGCCCGGCCUAGGAAGUGACUCGCAGCCGCUGCGGGGACUCUGGCUCCCGGCGAGAUCCCCGAGCCCCGGCGGCUGGUGCUGGGAGCCCGGAGCCCGGGCUGCAGCCGGGAGAGGGGAACCUCCAGCCGGGCCCUGCCCGCUGCUCCCCGGGAGCCUCUCCCAGGGCAGAGCCCCCAGCCCGGCCAGGGCCCCUUCCCGGCCCGGCCCCUGCCCCGGGGGGGCCCCGCUCGGAGGGAAGGCUGGAGAAUCACAUCCAGGUUUCAGUCCAGAUCGGCCUGUAUUCCCACGGGAGAGAGAAGGGAAAUGGCUGUGUUGGAGCCAGAUCAGAUGCCGGUGACCUUCGAGGAGGUGGCUGUGUAUUUCACUGAGGGGCAGGGGGCUCUGCUGGACCCCGCUCAGAGAACCCUCUACAGGGACGUCAUGCAGGAGAACUACAAGACGGUGACCUUCCUGGGAUUUCCCAUUCCCAAACCUGACCUGAUUGCCCGGCUGGAACGAGGGGAAGAGCCGUGGAUCCCCGAUCUCCAGGCCUGUGAGAAAAGAGAGAUACCAAGAGGCACUCGCACAGCAGGUGAUGAGAGAGUGAGUGAGAACGAGGAGGGGAAUCAUCAUGAGCACAUUCCUGGGGAAGUGAAAUCACAGGGGACCUUUGUGGGAAGAGCUGAAGGGAAUUUAUCCCAGUGCUUGGAAGAGGGAGAAGCCUGGGGAAAUUGGCACAGGUCAGAGAGGCUGCUGGAAAACCAUGCGAAGAAAAAAGCGGAUGAAUCUAUUAUAUAUGGGGGAGGAGAAAAGGAUCCCAUAGCCCAGCAGAGAAAUCCCCAGGAAGAGAAACCCUACCACUGCCUCCAGUGUGGGGAACAAUUCAUUCUGAGAUCACACCUUGUUACACAUCAAACAAUCCAUACUGGAGAGAAACCCCAUAAGUGCCUGGACUGCGGGAAAAGUUUUAGCCGUAGUUCACACCUCAUUGGACAUUGGAGGACCCACACAGGGGAGCGACCCUAUAAAUGCCUCGACUGUGGGAAAAGUUUCAUUGAGAGCUCACACCUUAUUAGACAUCAGAGGAUUCAUACUGGAGAUAAACCACAUCAGUGCCUGCACUGUGGGAAAAGUUUCAUUCAGAAAACAGACCUUAUAUCACAUCAGACAAUCCACACAGGAGAGAAGCCCUAUAAAUGUUUGGACUGUGGGAAAAGCUUCAAUAACCGCUCAAACCUUACUAAACAUCGGCAAAUCCACACAAGAGAGAGACCCUAUAAAUGCCUGGACUGUGGGGAAAGUUUCAGCCACAAAUCAGACCUUACUGAACACUGGAGAAUCCAGAGGGGAGAAAGACCCUAUAAAUGCCUUGAUUGUGGGAAAAGUUUCACACAGAGAUCAGGCCUUGUUACACAUCAGAGAAUCCACACAGGCGAGAAACCCUAUAAGUGCUUGGACUGUGGGAAAAGUUUCACACACAGAUCAGCCCGUAAUAGACAUCAGACAAUUCACACAGGAGAGAGACCCCAUGAGUGCUUGGAGUGUGGGAAAAAUUUCAGACGGAGAUCAGCCCUUAUUACACAUCAGGCAACCCACACAGGUGAGAGACCCCAUAAAUGCUUGGACUGUGGGAAAAGUUUCCCACACAGAUCAUCUCUUAUUAGACACCAGGCGAGCCACACGGGAAAAAGACCUUAUAAAUGCCUUGACUGUGGGAAAAGUUUCAUGCACAGAUCAAACCUUAUCUUACAUCAGAGAAUCCACACAGGCUAUAAACCUCAUGAAUGCCUUGCUUGUGGGAAAAGCUUCAGUAAGAGCUCAAACCUCACUAAACAUCGGAGAACCCACAAGGAGAAACCUUACAAAUGCCUUGACUGUGGGAAAAGUUUCCGUUUCAGUGCAAGCCUUAUUAAACAUUGGAGAACCCACACAGGAGAGAAGUCCUAUAAAUGCCUAGACUGUGGGAAAAGCUUCAGUGAGAAGUCAAACUUUAUUAUGCACCAGAGACUGCACAUAGGAGAGAGACCCUAUAAAUGCCUGGAGUGCGGAAAAAGAUUUAGUCAGAGAUCACCGCUUAUGGCGCAUCACAGAUCCCACACAGGAGAGAAGCCCUAUAAAUGCUUAGACUGUGGGAAAAGCUUCAGUAAGAAGCCAUGUCUUAUUAUACACCAGAGAAUGCACACAGGAGAGAGACCAUAUAAAUGCCUUGAAUGUGGGAAAAAUUUUAGUCAGAGUUCACACCUUACUGCACAUCGGACACUGCACACGGGAGAGAGACCCUAUAGAUGCCAUGAGUGUGGAAAAAGUUUUAGCAAAAGUUCAUCCCUUAUUCAACAUGGGAGAAUCCACACAGGAGAAAGACCAUAUAAAUGCCUUGAGUGUGGGAAAGGUUUUAUCGAAAGUUCAUCGCUUACUAAACAUGGGAGAAUCCACACAGGAGAAAGACCUUAUAAAUGCCUUGAGUGUGGGAAAAGUUUCAAUUUGAAAUCGGCCCUUAAUAUACAUCAGAAAACCCACACAGGUGAGAAACCCCAUAAAUGCUUGGACUGUGGGAAGACUUUCAGUCAGCGCUCACACCUUAAUAAACAUAGGAAAAUCCACACAGGAGAGAGACCAUAUAAAUGCCUUCAGUGUGGUAAAAGUUUCAUUCAGCACUCAAACUUUAUUAGACAUCCAUGUCUGAACACAAGAGAGAGACGCUAUAAAUGCCUUCAGUGUGAGAAAGAUUUCAAUGCGCGAUCGGACCUUAUUAAACAUGAGAGAACCCACACAGGAGAGAAACCAUAUAAAUGCUUGGACUGUGGAAAAACUUUUGGUCAGAGCUCAUACCUUAUUAAACAUAGGAGAAUCCACACAGGAGAGAGACCAUAUAAAUGCUUUGAGUGUGGGAAAAAUUUUAUUCACCACUCAGUCCUCAUUAAGCAUCAGAGAAUCCACACUGGUGACAAACCCUAUAAAUGCCUCGACUGUGGGAAAAGCUUUUCUGACAGAACAAAACUUACUAGACAUCAGGCAAUCCACACAGGAGAAAGACCCCAUAAAUGCUUGGACUGUGGGAAAACCUUCAUUCAGAAGUCACAACUUACUGUACACCAGAGAGUUCACACAGGAGAGAGACCCUUUAAAUGCAUUGAGUGUGGGAAAAGUUUUAUUCAUAACUCAAAGCUCACUACACAUCAACGAACCCACACCGGAGAGAGACCUUAUAAAUGCCUGGAGUGUGGGAAAACUUUUAUUCAUAACUCAAAGCUUACUACACAUCAGAGAACCCACACAGGAGAGAGACCCUAUGGAUGCCUUGAGUGUGGGAAAAGUUUUAUGGAAAGUUCAUCCCUUAUUAAACAUGGGCGAAUCCACACGGGAGAAAGACCCUACAAAUGUCUCGAGUGUGGGAAAAGCUUUAUGGAAAGUUCAUCCCUUACUAAACAUGGGAGAAUCCACACAGGAGAAAGACCCUAUAAAUGCCUUGAGUGUGGGAAAAGUUUCAGUUUAAAAUCAACCCUUAAUACACAUCACAAAACUCACACAGGAGAGAAACCCCAUAAAUGCCUGGACUGUGGGAAAACUUUCAGUCAGCGCUCACACCUUACUCAACAUGGGAGAAUCCACACAGGAGAGAGACGUUAUAAAUGCCUUGACUGUGGGGAAAGCUUCAAUAAGAGCUCAGAGCUCACCAAACAUCAGAAAAUCCACAAAGGUGAGAGACCCUAGAAAUAGCUUGUCUGCAGAAAAAGAUUCAAUUCGACUUCACACAUCAGUGAUCAACACAACAGAGAGACCUUCAAUGUGGGGGAAGCUUCAUUUGGUGCUCCUGGAGUACCAGGGAUCCACAACUCCGCACAGGGAGAAACCUCUGAGAUGAUCUCAGUGUGGAAAAUGCUCCAAGUGGAGCUGACAUCAGAGACUCCUCCACACAGCAGGGAAAUUCUCUCAGGGCCCUGACUAGGGCUGGCCAUGGUGGCAAACCCAUUUUCUCUUUCCCACACACAUCAGGGGCAUUUGGCUCCCAAGGAUCCAGCUGCCCAUUGCUGGGGUGAGGAUACAGCAGCAUCAGUUGGUCAGUGACCCUCUGGCUCUGCCUGGUUUAAGCAAACCCCAGGCAGAGGAGAAGCCACGAUCAGCCCGUCCUCCGUGCUCCUGCCCUGGCUGCUGAGCUGAUGGGCCAAAGGUGGGGGAAGGAAGACAGAGAAACUCCUCCAGAUGCUCCCUCUGCCUGGCUGAAGUUCCCCCGUCUCCCUUCCCCUCCCAGUUGGGAUUCCCCUGCCAUGGAGAUGAGGAGAAGGACACUUGGGCCAGGCCCCACCUUCACUCUAGACCCCUGUCCCCACCCCCCAUCUUCCACUAGCCCCUGGGCUGUGCUCCUCCACUUACCUGGAGCUGUUCCCUGCAGGGGGAGUGUCCCUGGGGGCUGGUAACUCUUCCCCUCCCCCAAUCCGCAAAGGUGUUGGGUUCUGGGGGAUCAAAAAUUGAGGGACCAGGAGGAUGGGUUUUGGGGAGGGAACUGGGGAUUGAAUGGUUGGGGCUGGGAAGCAGGAGGAGCUGGGUGCUGGGAUAUUGAGUGUUUUGGGGAUCAUGGGAUAAAAGAUGAGGGAGAGCACAGGGGUAGAGAGGUGCUGCCUCUCCUCACUCUCCCCUUCUGCCCCAUCUCCCUGCCCCUCUGCAUUCACACAGCACCACUGAGAGGGGCUGAUUCCCACAGAGCCAUUUGGGGAAGGCCGAGAGAUCCCACCUCUGCUUCCGAGCAUUUAUCUAUGGUAGGAAAUGUGGUCGGGAUUAGCCAGAGCAUCUCUGUGACCCUCCACCAGAUUUCCGAGUGUAACCUCGCCCUGAGCAUCUUAUGUGUGAGGCUAAGAUAUUGUCAUCAAUAUUUUUAGUAAAAGUCACAGACAGGUCAUGGGCAAUAACAAAAAAUUCACAGAAGCCCGUGACCUGUCUGUGACAUUUACUAAUAAUAUCCGUGACAAAACGGGGAGAGAGAAGGCUGCAGCACCCAUUGCUGCUGGGGCUCUGGGGUCCCAUGGUGGCUGGGCAGUUGUGGGGGCUCUGUCUGGGAGCUGCAUGGGCCCUCUGCCUCCUGUCGCUCAGAGCUCCAGGGCCCUGCCACCCAUGGCAGCUGAGAGCUGUGGGGUCCCAGCCACCUGUGGCGACUCAUACAUCUCGAGGUCACCCCUGGGAGCCAGGUGCUGUGGGGUAUCUUCACGGCCUGCAGCAGCUCAGAGCUCUGGGGGGCAGCUCUUUGCUACUGCAGGCAGCAGGGGGACCCCGCAGCUCAGAGCCACUACAGGCUGAAGUCACAGAUUCCUUGACUUGCGUUACCUCCGUAACAAAAUUGAAACCUUACUGACGUGUUCUGACUCCCUCCCAUUAGCAGAGUGAGUGUUAGUCCCUGAGUUCCCCCUGUGGGGCUGGAUUGUCUCAUUCCCAGCUAAUCUCACAUUUCUCCAGGUCCUGCUAACAAGAAUUUAGUGUUUGUUCAUUUUCUGGCUUAUGCACCAGAAUUAACUAGAUGCUAAAAAUGUGGAAGUAGUGACAGUAAAAUGUGGUGGUUUACCUUCUGUGCUAUUUCAGGGCUAUGGGGUGAGUCCGAGGGUUUCCUUCCUUCCCCCAUCACUGUCUGCUCUCUACACACCAGCCCCUACUCCGCCAGGGCUGCCUCAUACCUGCAUUGGGCGGCUGCAGCUCCCAGCCCCGGCUCCACAGGCAAAUUCCUCCUGACCUGGUUAGGGAGGGUGUAAAAUGAGUGGAUGGGGGAGGAGCCUCCGGGGGAAGAGGCGAGGCAGGUGUGGGGCCUCAGGGGAAAGAGGUGGGGCAGGGCAGGUUCCAGCACUCCUGCUGGAGUGUCUCGGGUUUUUUAAAUUAAAAAGUUGGCAACACAAGUUGCUUGCUGAGAGGCUGUGAAAAAUAUUAACAAACAUACAAAUAUCACUUUUCACAGCAGCAGACUUACUAGCUAGCAAUAAAUACAUUACAAUGAUUUUGGUGUGUAUCUGGGUAAGGGGUCCGUUGGCCCCUUACUGAAACUUAGUACGUUUUUUUGCUUGACCCUUUCCCAGAACCAAAAGCCAGGGGAAGGGCCAAUGGGAAAUCAAGGCCCUGAGAGUAGUCCCCAGGGCCAAUGGGGAGAGGCUAAUGCUCUAGGUCAGCCUUGUUGACAGGGCAGGCAGGCCAAUGAGGAAGUCAGGAGCCCGUUCUCUGUGUGAGCUGGAGCUGCCUGCCAGUGAAGGGCAGAGCUAAGGGGAGAGCAGCAGCCUGGGCUGGGCUGGACACAGAGCAGCAGCAGUGCUGAGGCAGAGGGGAGCUGGG